CCCUAACUGAAUGGGCAAGCUAGUUGUGUGUUUGUAUUUGUACACAUUUUGGACAUAAUUGAUUCCAUAAAAUGUCUCGUAAUUUUUUCAAACCAUGUCAAUACAUUAAUUGACAAUGAAUUGUCCAGAUGAAUUGAUCAAAAUGACCCUGCUGUUGAUGUUGUUCAGUGUUUGAUUCAAUUACCUAGGUCUAAGUUGUAUUUCUAUGUAUCAUUCUCUGCAAAUGCUUUGAAAGUAUGUCUUGGUCAUAGAUUAUCACUAAUUUAACCUUUUAAAUUUAAGCAAGAGAUAGAGAGAUUGAGGCUAUGGCAGAAAGUCAUGGAGGAUCAGCGACCAAGACUGGCCUGGAACAACAAACCUAUUGAGACAGAAAGAGAGAGGGAAAGAGAGAGGGAAAAAGAGAAAGAAAGGGAGAUGGAAAGGGAGAGAAAAGCAGAAUUGGAAAGACAAGAAAUGAAGAAGAAAGUGAAACAGGCAGAAGAAACGAUAAAAGUGUUAGAACGAGAGAUUGAGAGAUUGAAAGAGACUGAAAAGGAAAUCAUAUUUGAAAGAGAAAGAGACAUGCGUAUUGCAGAGAAUGAGAAAGUCAAACUGGUUAACGAAAAGGUGAAAGAGUUAGAGAGAGAGGUUGAGAGACUGAAAAAAGAUAUGACAACAAAAGAGAUGCAAUACAAAAUCAAAUUUGAAAGAGCGAAAGAAGCGUAUAGAAGACAGAAUGAGAGAGUGAAACAGGUUAACCAAAAUGUACUAGUGUUAGACAGAGAGGUUGCGAGAAUGAAAGAAGAGAUUAGAUUGAAAGACGAGACUGAACCAGAGAGAACAUUUGAUAGAGACAGAGAAAGAGAAAAUGAUUGGAGACGAAGUGAAGAGGAGAUGAAAAAUAGAGUGGAGAGAGAGAUGGAGAUGGAGACAGCCCUCAUCAAUGACAAAAAGACGUCUGAAUUGGAGGAAGUCUUCAAGAAAAUCAAGGAACAGCUGAUAGAAUUAGAAAAUAUGGAAACAGACAAAUAUAAAUGGAAACAGAACCAAAUGGACAUGAAGGAGAAGAUGGAGGGUGAGAACAACAAACAGAAAGAGAUAGAAAGAAAGAGAAUGGAGAAAAUACCAAAACAGAGACAACAAGAAGAUGAGAAGAAGAAGGAGAUGGAGAGAGAAGAAGAAGAGGAGAGACACAAACAGAAGCACAUAGAGAUGGAAGAGGAAGAAAGAGGGAGUGAAAAAGAGAAACAGAGAGAGAUCAAAAGGAAGAGAAUGGAGAAGAGACAGAAAAAUAUGGAAAGAGAAGAAGAGAGACAGAGAGAGAUUGAAAGAGAGAAUGAAGAAGAACGAUGUAAACAGAAGCAAAUUGACAUGGAGAAGGAGGAAAGAGAGAGGGAGAACAAUACACAGAGAGAGAUAGAAGAGAUACACAGAGGACAACAACAAGAGGAGAGACAAAAACAAAUGGAGAAGGAGAAAGAAAGGGAGAAAGACAAUGAGAAUCAGAGAGAGAUGGAAUUAAAAGAUCGGCAACAGAAAGAGAUGGAGAAAGAAAAGAUGAUCAUGAGAGAGAGGGAGGAAGCAGGAAGAAGAAAGGAGGGGCAGAAAAAUAUUUUGGGGGAAAUUGAGGGACAGAAUGAACUGGAGAUAGAACAGGAGAGAGAGAUGGAAGACAAGCAUGAAGUGAUUAAGGAAGCAGAGGAAGAGUACAGGGAAAGAGAAGAGAGAGCAAAGGAAGUAAGCAUGAAGAAACAUGUAGUAGUGAAUGUUAAAGCAAAAGCACGGGAAGUCUUCAAUAGACGUAAAGAGAGAAGGUUAGAAGUGUUGAAGGGGGAACGAGAACACAUAGAAAGAGGACAACAAAUCAGGAGGGAGAAGGAGGAAAGACGACUGGAGAUGGAAAGAAAACAGGAGAGGGCAAGACAACAAGAGGAGCAGGAUAAAAAACAAGAGAUUGAAAUUGCUAGACAGAAAGAAAUGUUCAGACUAAGAGAGGAGGAGAGGCAGAGAGAGGAAGAGAGAGAGGAGGAGAGAAAGAGAGCCGUUAAAGGCCAUUUAGCUUUAAUCAGAGAGAGAGAGAUAAUAGAGGCAAACAGAAGAGAGGAGAUGGUGGAAGAGGAAAGAAGGGAAUUCCUUGAAAAGCACAAGAGGGGUGACUUAGAGGAGGAGGAGGAAAAGGAAGAAGACAAGGAGGACAUUCUCCCACCUGAUAAAAGUAUCCGAAGGAGAGCUGUGGGCUGGAUAAAUAAGAAGUGGGAGAAGAGGAACCUCAAGAAGAUCGAGAGAACCUAUCAGAGAGAAGCUGAGGAGGGCUAUAAGAUCGUCCACAUAGCCAUCCCUGGACACACAAGGCUAACAGCCACUAUGACACGGGCAGAGAGAGAGAGGGAGAAGAGGAAGGAGCUGCUGAAGGCUGAGAAGAGAAGGAAGAAGAUGGAGGAUUUUAAUAAGCAGUGGAGAGAGCAGUCCCUGCUUAAAAAACAAACUCAUCAGAAACUGAAGGAGGAGAGGGGGAAGAUGAAGGGACAUUACCUGGAGCAGAUGAAUCUGGAGGCUGAUGCUCAAAUCAACACCCGGUGUCUAACCACCCAACACAGCCACGAUUAUCUGGAGACAACACAGCCCACUGGAUCUGGAGAUGACCACCAGGAAAGGCCAAGGAGGCAACAGGCAUGGGCAGAGAACCAGGAGGGGAGUUCAGAGAACCAGCAGGAGUGGCCAGAGAACCAACAGGGGGGGGGCAGAGAACCAACAGGGGGGGGGCAGAGAACCAACAGGGGGGGCCAGACAGCCAGCAGCUAG